UACCAACGGCCUCCCCCUACAAACCCUGCAAUCCCGCCACCACAUCACGCUUACCCUUUCUUUUUGUCAACGGUCAAUUUGGCUGGCUCCUGCCCUCCUCCCUCCCUUCUAUAUAUCCUCCCCCACCAACCCCAAAUAAAGCAUUCCUUCCAGCUCAAAAAUAAACACCACCACCUCCUCCUCCCCUUCCUUCAUCCAUUAUCAUCAUCCCUUCUCCUUCCAUCCUUCUCUCUUCCUUGAAUCCUUUUGAAUUCUAUUUUCAUCAUGAGCCCUUCGUCGCGAGAGAUCAGCGGCCCCCGCCCGGCUUCUCUCAAGAUCCACAAGGACUCCCACCUUAUCCACAAGCAAUCCUCCUCCUCAUCAUCAUCAUCCUCCUCCUCCACCACCACCACCACCUCCUCCUCCAGCACCCACCACCACCACCAGCGCCACCACCCCGUCAUCAUCUACACACACUCCCCCAAGAUCAUCCACACGCAGGCCCGCGACUUCAUGGCCCUGGUCCAGAAGCUGACCGGCCUCUCCCACUCCACCGACGACAACGACGACGCUGCCGCCGCCGCCGCCGCAAACAAUCCCCCUCCCCCGCCAUCCAACAUUACACGCAAGAACGCCGACACCGUCCAUGCGGCUACCGACGACUCGUCGUCAUCGUCCGAGAACUACAGCAUCGCCGGGGACGUCGUCCACCACGUCGGCUGCUCCUCGCUGCCAUGUGCCGCUGCCAUGUCGCCGCUUGGCUUCGACCCUUCACCACCGUCUAACCCGUUUCUGUCGGAGAUCCCGCUCUUCACGCCCAACUCCUCGGACUUCUUCUGCCCGCCGAGGUCCUUCUACAGAUACCCGGAGUCGGCGGUGUUCUCGCCGUCCAUUCCGAACAUGGGCGGCGCCAUCUCGCCUUCCAUGAUGGAGGCCAUGAAGGCAUUCCCGGAGUACUGAUGAGACCGGCAGGAGGCCUGAUUUUCAUUGAUUGGUAAUAAUUCUUCUAGUUUCGUUUGUUUUGGUUGGGUGAUCCUAUGAGCUCAGGAAGCGGGGCAAAUGUGAAUAAUAUGAUUCAAUUCAUUCGUUGUUGGACUCCUUGCAAUUGGAGGUUGGAGGCCUGCAUCUAGUUUUCAUUUUCUUGUUCUUGUAAUAAAAUGGAUUUUGGAAUGCUUCUUCGUUGCUUCUUUUUUUGUCAUCAAAAUCCGAACAAGCUUAAGAGA